AUGCGGCGCGUUGUCGUGACGGGUCUAGGGGCGGUGACGCCGCUGGGAGUCGGAGUCCGUCGAUCAUGGAACCGCUUGCUAGACGGCCACUGCGGCAUCAGCAACGUUACUCGUCGCGAUGCCCGCUUCGCCGAGCUGCCGUGCCAGAUCGCCGCUGUUGUGCCCGCUGGUUUGCGGGCAGAGGGCGGUUGGACUGUGGAGGAAUGGAUGAGUAGGAGUGAGGAGCGCAAGAUGGCCCUGUUUGCGCAGUAUGCUAUGGCUGCUGCGGAGGAGGCCCUUGAGGAUGCGGGGUGGAAACCGGUGGAUGGUGAGCAGAGGGAGAAUACGGGUGUGUGUCUCGGCUCCGGCAUAGGGAACUUCGAUGAGAUCUACAAUACCGUCGUUACCUAUGAGAAGGGGGGCUACAAAAAAGUUCACCCGCUCUUCGUCCCAAAGCUGCUCAUCAAUCUCGGCGCGGGGCAUAUCUCUAUGAAAUAUGGGUUCAUGGGCCCCAACCAUGCAGCAACAACAGCCUGCACCACCGGCGCACACUCGAUUGGCGAUGCAGCGAGGUUCAUCUCCUGCGGCGAAGCAGAUGUCAUGGUUGCUGGUGGUGCCGAAUCCUGCAUCCACCCACUAGCCAUUGGCGGGUUUGCCCGCGCGCGCAGCCUCGCGACUGAGUUUAAUGAUUGUCCCGAGAAGGCGUCGCGGCCGUUUGAUGCUGAUCGGAAGGGUUUUGUCGUUGGUGAAGGCGCGGCGGUAUUGGUUCUUGAGGAGCUAGAACACGCCCGAUCCAGAGGCGCGCACAUCUACGCCGAGCUCAGAGGCUACGGCUGCUCCGCGGACGCACACCACAUGACAGCGCCGAAAGAGAACGGCGCAGGCGCCUACCUGGCCAUGAAGAAAGCGCUGAGACACGCCCAGCUCCGCCCCGCCGCGGUGGACUAUGUCAACGCCCACGCCACAUCUACCGUCAUUGGUGACGCGGCUGAGAACGCGGCUAUCAAGUCGCUUCUCCUUGGGCCCGAGGGGAUGCAGAAGCCCGCGGAGGUGAAUGUUAGUAGCACUAAGGGUGCUAUUGGACAUCUGCUUGGUGGAGCGGGGGCUGUGGAGGCGUUGUUUAGUGUUCUUGCUAUUCAUGAGAAUGUCAUGCCACCAACUAUUAAUCUGGAGCGGUGUGGUGAUGGGUUUGAUUGCAACUAUGCGCCGAAUCAUCCCCAGCAGCGGAAGAUCGAUGUGGCGCUGACGAAUAGCUUUGGAUUUGGAGGGACGAAUAGCUCGCUCUGCUUUGCGAGGAUUUAA